UUGAAGUCAGCGUUAAUUUGGUCUGUGUGUGGCCCAGCAGUGGUUCCGACCGACUAAUAUGAUCCAGUGGACCGGAACCUGCUUGCUAGAUGGGGCUAUAUUAGCAAAACCGCCUUCGGUUGUUGUGGUGAUUAGAAGCGCUAAUACAAUGCUCCAGUAGGUGUCGCUGUGAGCGUCUAGGUCGCGUUCCGCCACACAUUCACAGAAAUAGAAGAAGACGUGCGGCAGUUUUGCUGAUUGAUGAGCUGAGCACCCCGACUCUACUAAUCAUCUUUACAUUCAAAUAUUUCUGACAGGGUUUUACCUCCACAGUUCCAUCUGAUCCGUUGUGGGUGUAUUUGAGGAGGUUAACUGCGUUCUGCUCUAAAGAUCAAGAUAUGAGUGGUGUACGGUCUUCCCUUGCUGUCCUCUUUCCUACACAUCUUAAAUUUACCUCUGCAAGAACAUCCAGAGAUCCUUCUAGGAUGAAGUCAGAUGUGUGUGAGAAUCAGGAAUCCACCGAGAGCUCCAGUAGUCCCCAAAAAGCAUCUGGUACUUUUCACACCAACUCCUCUCAGGGCAAAAAGAAAAUUCACCCCUGCGCACUCUGUGGGAAGAGUUUCAGUCAAAAGAGUACUCUCAAACAACACCAGCGCAUUCACACAGGAGAGAAUCCCUAUCACUGCUCACUGUGUAGGAAGAAUUUUUCUAGCCAGAGUAGUCUCCAGCGACACCAGCAUAUUCACUCAGGAGAGAAGCCGUAUCACUGCUCACAGUGUGGGAAGAGUUUUAUUGAGAGUGGUGAUCUCAUAAAACACCGGCGUGUUCAUACCGGAGAGAAGCCAUAUCACUGCUCACGAUGUGGGAAGUGUUUUACACAAAAGAGUAACCUCCAGAAACAUCUGCGCAUUCACACAGGAGAUAAACCGUAUCGCUGUUCGGACUGUGGGAAGAGUUUUACUCAAGGAACUGACCUCAGAGUUCACCAACGGAUUCACACAGGGGAGAAGCCGUAUCACUGCUCACAGUGCGGUAACCGUUUUAUUAGCCAGAGUUGUCUCCUGCAACACCAACGCAUUCACACCGGAGAGAAGAAGUAUCAGUGCUCACACUGUGAGAAGAGGUUCAGCGAGAGACGUAAUCUCAUACAACACCUGCAAAUUCACAAAGGAGAGAAACCGUAUCAGUGUUCGCAUUGCGGGAUGAGUUUUAACAGACAGAAUAAUCUCCAGCAACACCUGCGCAUUCACACCGGAGAGAAGCCGUAUCGGUGUUUAGAGUGUGGGAAGAGUUUUAAUCGAGAGGACGCUCUGCAAGAGCACCAACACGUUCACACGGGACAGAAACCCUAUUACUGUUCAGCAUGUGGGAAGAGUUUUACUAGACAUAGUAGUUUCCAGCAACACCAGCGCAUUCACACGGGAGAGAAACCGUAUCACUGCUCACAGUGUGGGAAGAGUUUUCGUAACCAGAGUAAUCUCCUAAAACACCAGCGCAUUCACUCAGGAGAAAAGCCGUAUCUGUGCUCAGAGUGUGGGAAGAGUUUUAAUCGAGAGGACACUCUCCACGUACACCAGCGCAUUCACACAGGAGAGAAACCGUAUCACUGCUCGGACUGUGGGAAGAGUUUUCGUAACCAGAGUAAUCUCCUAAAACACCAGCGCGUUCACUCUGGAGAGAAGCCGUAUCACUGCUUGUUCUGUGGGAAGCGUUUCAGUCAAAAAAGUUAUCUGAAAAAUCACCAGUUUGUUCACACUGGAGAGAAAGUUUAUAAGUGUUCGCAAUGUGGGAAGAGUUUUAGUACGUACAGAAACUUUCAGCGACACGAGUGCGUUCACACAGCUGAGAAUGAGGACAUGCAGCAGUUCUCAUGAAAAACUGUGGGAAUGAACUAAUUUUAUUCUAAAUGCUUAGACAUAAAAUCGUGCAGAUACAGUCCAAGAGCUUCGGUUAAUGUUCACAUCAAACGUCAGAAUGGGGGAAAUGUUCUCUGUGACUUUGAAUACAUUAUAAAAUGCAUUGAAUAAAAUAAAUAUUAACUGACAAGACCCAACACUCUUCUAUCUAUCUUUUAACAAUAAUACCUC